AUGCCGGUGCAUGGGGGCUGGUCUCAGAUGAGCCCCCCCGCCCCUUCUUCCAGUGACCCUCUCCUGGCUGGCCUACCCCGGGACUCUGACUACACUGUGACCUGCUACUGCUCAUCUCCCUCACCCUCCACCGUGUGUUUGCCAACUGACAGGAAGUGUGACAAGUUCCGGGGCUCUUCCUCAGACAAGACCUUGGACUGUACGACUCAUUGGUCUGGGACCUCAGAUUCAGAGACCUUGGGGCCAGCUGCUUCUGAGAACACAGGGAUGUGUGUAGACUGGAGGCCUGGGUGGGGCUCGGGGCUUCAGCCACAUGGGGCUCCCUUCUUCCCCAACCCAGACUUGAUGAAGGAGAGCUGUAAUGAACAGGACCUUCUGAAGAGGCACCAGCACCUCACCAAGAAGUCCUUGGAUACCAACAGUUUCAAGGUCAGAGCUAAGUCCACCACGAUGAUUCCCGACUCCCAGAAACAACUGCGGUUUGAACUGGAGUCACUCAAGAGCCAGCUCCAGGCCCAGACCAAGGCUUUUGAGUUCCUGAACCACUCAGUGACCAUGUUGGAGAAGGAGAGCUGCCUGCAGCAAAUCAAGAUUCAGCAGCUUGAAGAGGUGCUAAGCCCCACAGGCUGCCAGGCACAGAAGGAGCUGCACAAGUGGGGCCGGGAGCAGGGCCGGCAGGAGCUGUAUGGGGUCCUGGCCCAAGGCCUGCAGGGACUGCAGAAGACCCUGCAGGACAAUGAGGAGGUGCAGCAGGCCCGCAUCACCCGCUGCCUGCAGCUGCUGGCCCAGGAGAUCCAGGACAGUAAGAAGUUCCUGUGGGAGGAGCUGGAACUGGUUCGAGAGGAGGUGACAUUCAUCUACCAGAAGCUCCAGGCUCAGGAGGAGGAGAUCACAGAGAACCUGGUGAACAUCCAGAAGAUGCAGAAGACACAGGUGAAGUGCCGCAAGGUCCUGACCAAGAUGAAGCAACAGAGAUAUGAGACCUGGAUGGACACUGAGGAGACGCCAAGAGGCAGUGGCUCCUGGAAGGACGACCUCCAGAAGGAGCUGAGUGACAUAUGGUCUGCCGUGCACUUGCUGCAGAACUCCAUCGAUGGCCUCACCAUGUCCUCAGGGGGCCGCCAUAAGGCUUCCAGCCUCAGGGGCCACAAGGGGCACCAGUGCUUGAGCCCUCCACCCCCCUCCUGGGACUCAGAAUCGGACUCGGACCACAGCCCUUCCCAGCCAUCUUUGAGCAAGAGCCGCACCUUCCAGUCGGGCUCGGGCGCUGAGCCUGCGUGGCACAGCCGGGCCGGGCCCGCAGCGGCUGCCUCUUCCCGCCGGGCCAGCCGCAGGUCUGUCAGUCUCGCCGCGCCGGGGCUGGCUGGGUGGAACGGGGGCUCGGGUGACGGCUACCUCGACCUGGCUGGUACCCAGCACAGCCCCUGGAGCCCAGCGUGCUCCAUCAGCACAGUGGGAUGGAUGAACGCUGUACCAUGGGAGCUGCGUGGAUGGGGCACUGGACCUAGAGUGCGGACUUUCGCCUGCCUGGGCCUCAGUUUCUGCAGCCGUGCAAUGGGGGUGACCAUCUCUGCCCUGCUGGCCGCUAGGGGCGGCUGUGAGUCUGUGGGCGUGGCGGCGGCCUGUGGGGAGCCAUAG